CAAACAUGUCGCCCUCGCUGAGGAAAGAAACUUGAGACGAGCGCUGAAAUUUUCAGGUUUGGCAGUGAGCCCAUGGAGAAGCCAUCAGGAAAAACAGAGCUGGAGGAGAGAGGUCUGGUGGAGGUGGAUGGUGGCGUUUUGAGAGGCACUGAGGGUGGAGAGGUCACAACCCCGAGGAGAGGGAGCUCUUCUCGCAAGAGCUUCCGUCUGGACUACCGACUGGAGGAGGAGGUCACAAAGUCCUGCCGGGACAAACACGGCCGCUGGACCAACCCCUGGCCCACAUGGCAGUUCCCGUCCUACACGACCCUCCUCAAGUUCCUGUUGCUGGACAAAAAUCACAGCAACGUCCCAGCGAGUAAAGAGGUUCUAGAUGGAGAGCUUCCGGUGAUGGUACCUUACUUUGUUCAGAACCCGGACCGGUCUGGCUGCGAUCCAGGACUGAGAGUCACCUGGCUGGGUCACGCCACGGUUCUCGUUGAAAUGGAUGGUGUGAAUAUUCUGACUGAUCCGAUUUUCAGCCAGCGGGCCUCGCCGGUCCAGUUCAUGGGUCAUAAACGGUUCAGAGGACCCCCCUGCACAGUGGAGCAGCUGCCGCGGAUCGACGCCGUGGUCAUCAGUCACUCUCAUUAUGACCACCUGGACGUGGGAUCCGUGUCCAGCCUGAACGCUCGCUUUGGAGGGGAGCUACGCUGGUUCGUGCCCCUCGGGCUGCUGGACUGGAUGGUGAAGAUGGGCUGUGAGAACGUGAUGGAGCUGGAUUGGUGGGAGGAGAACUGUGUCCCAAGUCAUGAUGAUAUCACGUUUGUUUUUACGCCGGCUCAGCACUGGAGCAAACGUACUGCGCUGGAUGAUAAUAAGUCUCUGUGGGGGAGCUGGUCUGUCUUAGGUCCAGAGCAUCGUUUCUUCUUCGCUGGUGACACCGGCUACUGCUCUGCUUUCAAAGAGAUCGGCCAACGGUUUGGACCGUUUGACCUGGCAGCAAUCCCUAUCGGAGCCUACCUGCCCAGAGACGUGAUGAAGGGGCAGCACGUGGACCCCGAGGAAGCCGUUCAGAUCCACCAGGACGUUCAGGCCAGACGGUCGGUAGCCAUCCACUGGGGAACUUUUGCUCUAGCCUAUGAGUAUUAUCUGGAGCCGCCGGUGCGUCUCAGAGAGGCCUUGGAUCAAAAAGGGCUGAAGUCCGACUGUUUCUUCACUUUGCACCACGGCGAGUCGCGUCUGCUGUCCUGACAGGCAGGAGACGUCUUUGACUGAUCCUGAUCCAGUUUGUCUUCAGAAUGUUGUGCAUUAGUGUUUGAUAAGCACACACACACAUCUUGUCCCAGUCAUGGUGGGUGGGGCUACCAGAGGAAUGGCGUUGCCGCUGUACAGAAUCUGAUUUCAGGUUUACACUUUUCUUUGCCUUUAGAACUCUGAGGUAAAGUUUUUCUGGCUAUUUGACACGGAACAUUUGAAGUUAAUACUUUGGACCGUAUUAAAGUUAGCACAUGCAGUCAUACGUUAAGCGGCUAUCUUUAGCACAAACGGUCUUGCCAGUUGUGAUCUGUGUUUAGCGUGACCACGUGUUAAAGAUUUGAGUUUUCUUUAAAUGACCCGUGUUAUUGUAACACUGUUGUCAUAAACAACCGCACACUCCACAGCUGGAAAACCGGUCACGGCCGGAAAAAUCUGCGAAAAUGAUUUACAGUGUAAAUCGAAAAUCACAAGUUUUCUUUGUACUGUGAUGGAUUGGAUCAUUGUAACUGUCAAAGAAAAAACUUUUUUUUUUCUUUGACUAUCUGCAGUUUUAUGGUCAAACGGUCAGUUCUGGUUUAGGGCUUUUGUGCUGAAUAUCAGCACUCAGCUACACUCGGGAAUUGAACCCACACACUCUUAGGCCUGAGGCUCGCUGAUGGCAAAACAUAGUGGAAGAGCUCUUUAGGCUCAUUGAUCUAAAACAGAACACCUUUAUUGUUUAUGUAUUUGGUUCAGCUAGCACACGGGAGAAUCUCUUUGCUGGAUUUGAGGGGAGGGGCUUGAGUCUUUUACUCAGUCAUCUGUCGUGACUCAAUAACUCCACCUGUUGAUGUGGAGGGGAAAAUGCAGCGUUUGUAGAUUGUGUAAAUAGACAAGAAUACAGAUUGAAGUUGUUGUGUAAUUAGUGCUGGUUUGAUUUUCUGAAAUUACGAUGAUGUGUUGAGGGAAUUUUAUUUUUAUUAUUAGUAUUAUUGAAUAGGUUUUAAAAUAAAAUGCUUAAAUGUUUCAGAAAACUUUGGUAAUUUGUGCCAUGUUCUUUUCAUGCCAGUUGAAAAGUGUCAGAACAAAAAGGAAAAAAAAAAAACAGAAUCUUUGGGUAGUUUGUUGUAGAAG